AUGGAUAAAACUAAAAAAUUUAAUGUCCUCUUCCUCAUUUUACUAAUUUUACUUUCAAAUUAUGCUGAUGCAAGAAAAUCAGGCGGUGGAGGUUUUGGAAGUAGAGGUGGGGCUGGUAGUGCAGCCAGAGCCAAUCCAGCGCCCCACCCAGCUCCAGCAGGCGGUUUUGGUGGACAACCACGUCCAGCAGCUCCUCAUCCAGGCCCAGUUGGAGGAGGUGGCUUUGCCGGAGGAAGACCUCCACCUGCUGCUGGUGCAGGCCCUGGACACCUUGGUACUGGCACAGGCCUUGGUUCCGCUUCUCGUGGUUCCUCCUUUAAAACAGCCUUGGCAGGUGCAGCAAUUGGUGCUGUAGGAGGAGUGUUAGCCUUUGAAGCAGGUUUUAAUCUAAUGUUUGGCGAAUUAACCCUUAAAAUUUGCCUAUUACCAGGAAAGGCAAUAAUUAAAUCAAUGGAUAGACCCAUGCAUUAUGACAAUAAAGAUUAUUACUUUGGUCAAGAAUAUGUUAAGAGAGGUCCAGAUGAUCAUAUCUGCAGUUAUGAUUAUCAAGAGUUGAUGAAGCAAACAGCCCCGCCGGCAGAAACUACUGUAAACGCUACAGCUGAGGAGAAUAAUAAAGCUUUGGCUCAAGUAAUUUUUUUAAUUUGA